AUGACGUCCCUUUUUGCUCUACGCUGUACCCGACGGGCAAUUGUUGACUCAUUUGCUACCAGCGCUUCAUAUCGUCUAAAUAUCUCGUCUAGCGUCCGGUGUGUCACCCUUAAAUACUCGAAUCAAAUUUGUCUCCGUGCCCCCACCCCCCACCAUCAAAACUAUCCCCGCCGAUACUUUUCCUCUACUCGUUACGCCUCGACCGACGACAUGGCACCCAAGGAAAAGAGUUCAUUCAACCUGAAAGUUCCAAAGGGAACAAAGGAUUGGGCCGGCUCAGACGCCCUUCUCCGAGACCGCAUCUUCACCACCAUCGCCGAUGUCUUCAAGCGCCACGGCGGUACCGCACUCGACACCCCGGUCUUUGAGCUCCGCGAGAUCCUGGCUGGCAAGUAUGGCGAGGACUCCAAGCUCAUCUACGACUUGCAGGACCAGGGUGGUGAGAUCUGCUCCUUGCGCUACGACCUUACUGUUCCCUUUGCUCGCUGGCUCGCCAUGAACCCCGACGUCCGCAACAUCAAGCGCUACCACAUUGCCAAGGUGUACCGUCGGGAUCAGCCCGCUGUGAGUAAGGGCCGCAUGCGCGAGUUCUACCAGUGCGACUUCGAUAUCGCCGGUGCCUUCGACCCCAUGGUGCCUGACGCCGAGGUGCUGCGUAUUGUCAGUGAAGUGUUUGAGGAGUUGGGCUGGACUGGUCGGUAUACCAUCAAGGUGAACCACCGCAAGAUUCUGGAUGGUGUCUUUGCUGUCUGUGGUGUGCCAGAGGACAAGAUCAGACCCAUCUCCAGUGCGGUAGACAAGCUCGACAAGAUGCCGUGGGCGGAUGUGCGCAAGGAAAUGGUUGAUGAAAAGGGCCUGGAUGGCGCGAUUGCUGAUCGCAUUGAGACCUAUGUCAUGAACAAGGGCUCUCGCGAGCUACUGGAGAAGUUGCUCAAGGAUGAGGCUCUUGCUGCCAAUGAGUCUGCUGUGGCCGGUUUGCAGGAUAUGUCUCUUAUGAUGGAUUACCUUGAGGCUUUCGGAGCUCUGGACAAGAUCUCAUUCGACAUGUCCCUGGCCCGUGGAUUGGAUUACUACACCGGUGUGAUCUACGAGGUUGUUACCGAAGGCUCUGCCCCCGCCGUGCAGUCCGACUCCCCGGAGGCGCAAAAGGCCAAGAAAUCUAGCAAAAAGGGUAAGCCUUCUGAGGAUGACGACCGAUCCAAUGAUCCCACUCUUGGUGUUGGCAGUGUCGCCGCCGGUGGUCGGUACGACAACCUUGUAGGCAUGUUCCAGCCCAAGGCCCAGAUUCCCUGCGUCGGUAUUUCCUUCGGUGUUGACCGUAUCUUCUCCAUCACCAAGGCACGACUUGAGCGUGAGCAGAGUAAACAGGUUCUCCGUCCUAGUGAGGUCGACGCAUACGUCAUGGCUUUCGGUGGAAAGGGCUUUACUGGCUUGCUAAAGGAGCGAAUGCAGAUCACUCAGAAGCUAUGGAACGCUAAUAUCAAGGCUGAGUUUUCCUACAAGGUGAAGCCCAAGCUCCCUCAACAGUUCAAGGCUGCCGAACAAGGUGGCAUUCCCUUCGGCAUUAUUCUUGGCGAAGAGGAAUGGGCCGCUGGCAAGGUCCGUGUCAAGGAGAUGGGUCUCCCAGAGGGCCACCCUGAAAAGGAUGGUGUUGAGGUCGAAUUGGCCUCAUUGGUCCCCGAGCUCCAAAAACGACUUGACCAGAAGAAGUCAGGAUCCGUGGCCAGCCUAGCAGAGCAGCUCCAGGGCACAAAAGUUUAA